AUGGUCACCUUCGCUCGUACCGUCGCCAGUGCACCUGCGAUGGUGUUUCUCGACGCACGCUUUUUCCCAAACAUCAUCGACGUCAUCCUCGACAGCUUGGACCUUCCUGGCAGUGUGGUUGCUGCUCAGGUCUGCAGGGCUUGGCGAAAGAAGGCGAACCGAGUACUUCAGCGCCAUGUCGUGGCGAAGCCGACGGUUGGUGGGUUGCUGCUCAUCCCCAAGACGUUUGACAAUUACGACGCUCGGCUACCACGUUACCUUGUCUCAUACGACAACCUGCGCGCUUACUCCUACGCUAUCGGCCAGAUGGAAUUAGAGUUGAGGGCCGCCGCCGGACUGGUGGAUGGGGCGACUGUGCCGUCGGGCAGUGGACCUGCUCUGCCAUCAGGCGUCUUGCAGGUGCUCGCUAUAGCCCCUAUGGACUCUUCACACCGGGAGCUGUUCGACAACAUUCAAGUUCUCGAUGUCCUUGACGCCGCCUACGACGGUUCAAUGGUAAUGCCGACCACAAGGGCCGGCCUUUGGGGCGUGUCUGAUCUCGUCCGUGUCGUUAAACGGCGAAACAUGAAAGUGAUCAGAGAACACUUCACUGACCGCAAGGUGUAUGGAAUCCACCAGAUAGUCAGGGACGUGGAGACCCAAGUGUUCUUCAACAUUAAGAUGGACCGUCCGGUCGGUUUCGUUGGUCCGGUUAGUCAUCGACAUGGUAUUGAUUUCGGAACGGCGAAGCAUAUAGUUCUGAACAAGGAUUACUUCCCAUCCUCGACAGCAGCCUUGGACCAGCGGCGCGGCUGCCAAGCCAUGGGCCUGUCGGUUACUUUGAGUGUCUGGCCGGAUGAGUUCGUCAUCGUCAUGCGCAACGGGGAGAGCUGGGUCCACACCGAUGAUGCCCUGCUCGCGAGCUGUGCCGAGAAUGUCGUCCAGUUUCUCAACUUCUUGUGGGUCGACGGCCCAGUCACGUUGGUCGGCCUCGAGACGUUCUUCGCGGACAGGAGCGUGUAUGAGGAGUUUCGCGCCAGCUUGAUUGCAGCUGCAGCGGACACGGAUGAGGCUCGAAGAAGGCACCCCUGGAGCCCGAACGAGGUGUUUCACGACUUGGGCUCGCGGUUCAGUGCCCUCACGCACGAGGAGUAUCGGGAACGAGUGGGGGACGCCGCGUACUUGCUGCACACGGUGCAGUAG